CGAAAUGCUCCUCAAGUGGCUUGUUCUGGUCGCCAGCGUCACCCUGAUCUCGGCAGGAUCUUCUCCAGAGCGAAUAGUGGGUGGCUACCCUGUGCCUAUUUCAGAAGUUCCCUGGCAGGCGGGACUCCUGUAUUUGGGAAAAUUCAUUUGCGGUGCAGUUAUCUACAGUGACAAGAUCAUUAUAACAGCAGCUCACUGUGUUGACAACCCCUUCGAUACACUAUAUUCCGUCAAAGUUGGAUCCGUAUGGAAGACCUUGGGAGGACAGCACGCCAGGGUUGCUGUCAUUCGGAAGCAUGAAGACUACUUAACUUCUGCCAUUUUGUUCAACGAUAUUGCCGUAAUGCGACUGGUGGACAGUCUAAUUUUUAAUGCCGACGUAAGACCUAUUCCACUGGCCGACAGUGCACCCGCAGCGGGAGCUGAAGCCUCGGUUUCUGGUUGGGGAGAAAUCGGAAUCCUCUGGCUACAACCUAUAAGCCUAUUGAAAACCACAGUGAAAAUACUAGACCCGACUGUCUGUAAGCGGUCCUAUCAAUACAUCACCGAAACUAUGAUUUGCGCCGCCGCUCUCGGAAGGGAUGCCUGUCGUGGAGACUCCGGCGGACCUCUCGUCUCCGGUGGCCAACUAGUUGGCAUUGUCUCCUACGGCAUAGGGUGCGCCAAUCCCUUCUUCCCCGGAGUCUACGCCAAUGUGGCAGUGCUGAAACCUUGGAUCUUAAAUGCCAUUGAACAGCUUUAAAUAUUUGUAACAAUACUUAAGACAUUAAUAUUGGCAUCUUAAUGGA